GUGCGAAAGGACGCCAUGGCUGCUCCUACUCGAGGCCUCGCGAGUGUGGUGGGGGCGGCAGGGAUGGUGAUUGCGGUAGCGAUGCUGGUGGUUCAUAAGAGUUUAGUCGAUGAGCAGGGUGAGGGGAAGCGGCUGCCGAUCCUUGUGCAAGCCAGCACGAGCCCUCACCAUCGCCAAGCAUUCCAGUUGAGCCAGUUGAGCUUGGGCGACCGGAAGGUGCCGGCACGAGGAGCUCAUGGGAGUAGAGUAGAGGUCACGAAGCAUGUGCUCGGAGACUCUGCAGCUCUCAACGACCUCCUUGCUUUUUACGAUCAGCUCCCAACGAGCAGCCCCCUUCCCCGAGAUGCUCGUCACAAGGAGUUACCCCCGACAGCUCGCAAGUUGGGGUCAAGAGCUGCUUACAAGGAUCUUGGCGAGUACUUUGACUCUGUACCAACACACAAUGUCAACGCCUUGCACUCGAGGUCGGGGACGAGGCACGUCAAGCCUCCGUUCGCAUCCUACAGCGCCAAAAAAGCCUCUCAGGAUCUUGGAGAUUAUUUUCAGAACAUUCCCACGAGGGGUGGCAACGCGUUUCAUCAACCCGCGGCUGAGAUCAAGCAGGAGCUGAACUCUUCGCCAAGACAAACACACCUUGCCGUUAUGCACCCAGCAACAACUAUAGAGAAGGCAUCUAGCAGUGCCUCAACGUCGAAUCACCAAGUCAGUUUGACGCAACACUCGGCUACCUCUAAGCCGACCUUACAUUCGGGAUUUCCUGAAAAGACAAGAUCGAGCUUGGAGGUUUCUGUGACUAUUCCAAAGAAGUCUAGGAGUCACUCGUCGAGGAACAAGCUGAGAACAGACUGGACUGCUCUCAAUGACCCGUCUGGGCCCGAUCCUGAUGCCCCGACAGGAACGGAGGAAGAGAGGCAUGCGGACGGAUACGACACCCAGUACGGCCUAACGCACAAGCUUGGACGCUCCAAGUUGGAAGAGACUCCAGCCGGUGACGUUCUCACGCACCUGGUGAGCCGUGAGGUGGGAGGGUCUAUCGCCAAGGACGAGGACGAGCAGGAGGAUCUGCCGAGACCGCAGGAGGGGGGUGCGCUCCACCUGGCUGUAAGAGGAAGCCCCGUCAAUGCAGAGAAGCACGAGCAAGGGAACGUGGGGAUGCCGCCAUUGGCAAGACAGGAAGCGACUAUGAAGCCGUGGUCUCCGAUGCCAUACUGGAAGAUCAUUGGUCAGAAAGGUCCUUUGACGUGGAAGGUGAGCAAGCGUUUCAAAGAGCAGUUGCAAGAGGCUGUGAAAGCGAAUCCUAAGUCUCUCAAGGCCAAGUUGUUGUUGCACGAGGCCCACCAGCAUGAUCUAUGGCGCAAGAUGCACGACGAGGCAGUAGAGCAUGAAAGGCCUCGGAGUUGA